UCCUGUGGGGAAGUCGGGGCUGCCCGAGCGGCCGCCGUCACUGUCUCGUCCCCUCCCGGCUCAGUCCCUCCCGUCGGCGCACCCCGGAGUAGUGAGUGGCCCCGCGUAGGGUCCUGGGAGUCACCGCGGCGGCGCCGGGUGGUGGUUAAGCCAUGUUAAGGAGGAUUUUGCAGAGGACUCCUGGGAGAGUUGGUUCUCAAGGUUCUGAUUUAGAUUCAUCAGCAGCUCCUAUAAACACAGUUGAUGUCAAUAAUGAAAGCUCUUCAGAGGGUUUCAUAUGUCCUCAGUGUAUGAAAUCUCUUGGAUCUGUCGAUGAACUUUUCAAACACUAUGAGGCAGUUCACGAUUCUGGUAAUGAUUCAAGUCAUGGAGGAGAGGCUCUUGCUCUGAAGCGAGAUGAUGUGACACUACUCAGACAAGAGAUCCAAGACCUACAGGCUUCACUUAAGGAAGAAAAAUGGUACUCAGAGGAAUUAAAGAAAGAAUUAGAAAAAUUUCAGGGGCUGCAACAGCAAGAGUCUAAACCUGAUGGAUUGGUGGCUGAUUCAUCAGCAGAGCUACAGUCUUUGGAACAACAAUUAGAAGAAGCCCAAACAGAGAAUUUUAAUAUUAAGCAAAUGAAAGACUUAUUUGAACAGAAAGCAGCCCAACUUGCCACUGAAAUUGCAGACAUAAAGUCAAAAUAUGAUGAAGAAAGGAGUCUUCGAGAAGCUGCUGAACAAAAAGCAAUACAACUGACAGAGGAAUUAAACAAAGAAGCAACUGUAAUUCAGGAUCUGAAGACUGAACUGCUUCAGAGACCUGGUAUAGAAGAUGUAGCCGUGCUGAAGAAAGAACUGGUCCAGGUCCAAACGCUAAUGGACAGUAUGACCUUGGAACGUGAGAGAGAAUCUGAAAAACUCAAAGAUGAGUGCAAGAAGCUACAGGUGGAACAUGCUAACUCAGAGGCUACAGUGAACCAGCUAAAGAAUGAACUUGCCAAAGGCCCCCAGGAAGUUGCUAUAUAUGUGCAGGAACUACAAAAACUGAAAAGUUCAGUUAAUGAAUUAACUCAAAAAAAUCAGAACUUGACUGAAAAGUUGCUGAAGAAAGAACUGGACUAUACUCAGCUUGAGGAGAAACAUAAUGAAGAGCGUGUGAGUAAAAAGAAUAUACAAGCAAGCCUUCAUCAAAAAGACCUAGACUGUCAGCAGCUUCAGUCAAGAUUAUCUGCAUCUGAAACCUCACUGCAACGAACACAGGCAGAACUAGGUGAAAAGGGAGAAGCUACUCAAAAAGUCAAAGAAGAAUUAACAGAAGUAGAGACCAAGUACCAACAUCUGAAGGCGGAAUUUAAACAGCUACAGCAGCAGAGAGAAGAAAAGGAGCAGCAUGGGUUACAACUUCAAAGUGAAGUUAAUCAAUUACAUAGUAAACUUCUGGAGACAGAGCGUCAACUUGGGGAAGCUCAUGGCAGGCUGAAGGAACAGAGACAACUUUCAAGUGAAAAGUUGAUGGAUAAAGAACAGCAAGUAGCUGAUUUACAACUCAAACUUUCUCGUUUAGAAGAACAGUUGAAGGAAAAAGUAACAAAUUUCACAGAAUUGCAACAUCAGUUAGAUAAAACAAAGCAACAGCAUCAAGAACAACAAGCUCUUCAGCAAAGCACUACAGCAAAACUUCGAGAAGCUCAGAAUGAUUUGGAACAAGUACUACGUCAAAUUGGUGAUAAGGACCAAAAGAUCCAGAACCUUGAGGCCUUAUUACAGAAGAGUAAAGAAAGUAUUUCCUUAUUAGAAAAAGAAAGAGAAGAUCUUUAUGCAAAAAUUCAGGCUGGUGAAGGAGAGACUGCUGUACUUAACCAGUUACAAGAAAAAAACCAUACCUUACAGGAACAAGUAACUCAACUAACAGAGAAGCUGAAGAAUCAGUCAGAAAGCCAUAAACAAGCCCAGGAGGAUUUACAUGACCAGGUGCAAGAGCAGAAGGCACAUCUUAGAGCUGCACAAGACCGUGUUCUUUCUCUGGAAACUAGUGUGAAUGAAUUAAAUAGUCAAUUAAAUGAAAGCAGGGAGAAGGUCUCCCAGCUUGACAUACAGAUUAAAGCCAAAACUGAAUUAUUACUAUCAGCAGAAGCAGCAAAAACUGCUCAAAGAGCAGAUCUUCAGAAUCAUUUGGACACAGCCCAAAAUGCAUUACAGGAUAAACAGCAGGAGUUAAAUAAAAUCACUACUCAGUUGGAUCAGCUCACUACAAAAUUGCAGGAUAAGCAAGAACAUUGCAGUCAGCUGGAAAGUCAUCUUAAAGAAUAUAAAGAGAAACGCCUCUCUUUAGAGCAGAAAACUGAAGAAUUAGAAGGUCAAAUUAAGAAAUUAGAAGCUGAAGCUCUUAAAGUUAAAGCAAGCAAGGAGCAAGCUUUGCAGGAUCUACAACAACAAAGAGAGUGGAACACAGAUUUAGAGCUUAGAGCCACAGAAUUGAGUAAACAACUUGAAAUAGAGAAAGAAAUAGUAUCCAGUACAAAGUUGGAGCUACAGAAAAAAUCUGAAGCCCUUGAAAAUAUUAAGCAAAUGCUUACUAAGGAAGAGGAAGAAAAAAUAAACUUGAAAAAAGAAAUUGAAAAUUUAAGUCAAGAUGCAAAGAUGCAACACAAGGAAUUGAAUAACAAAAUUCAAACUGUGGUAACAGAACUACAAAAAGUGAAGAUGGAGAGAGAAACUCUAAUGACAGAGCUUUCUGCAGCAAAAGAGAAAUUAUCAAAAGUUUCUGAUUCUUUGAAGAACUCCAAAAGUGAAUUUGAAAGGGAAAAUCAGAAAGGAAAAGCUGCUAUAUUAGAUUUGGAAAAAACUUGCAAGGAAUUAAAACAUCAACUUCAAGUACAGACAGAAAGUGUACGUAAGGAACAGAAUGAACUGAAAAAGUCACUUGAAAAAGAGGAGGAGACUAGUCAUCAGUUGAAAUUGGAACUCAGUUCAAUGCAGGGGCAAGUCAUACAGUCCCAAAAUACUUUAAAACAAAAGGAAAAAGAACAACAACAACUUAAGGGCAACAUAAAUGAGCUUAAGCAAUUGACUGAACAGAAGAAAAAGCAAAUUGAAGCACUCCAAGAAGAAGUUAAAAUCGCUGUUUCACAGAAGACAGAGCUUGAGAAUAAACUACAGCAGCAGUCAACAGAAGCAGCCCAGGAACUCACAGCAGAGAAAGAGAAAAUAUCAGUGUUACGGAACACCUAUGAAAAAAGUCAGGAAAAUCUAAAACAGCUUCAGUCUGAUUUCUAUGGGAAGGAAUCUGAACUUCUUGCCACAAGGCAGGAUCUUAAGUCUGUAGAAGAGAAGCUUUCUCUAGCACAAGAGGACUUGAUUUCAAACAGAAAUCAAAUUGGAAACCAAAAUAAAUUGAUUCAAGAACUGAAGACUGCCAAGGCUACUUUGGAGCAAGAUUCAGCAAAGAAAGAACAGCAGUUGAAAGAGCAGUGUAAAAACCUACAAGAAAUUCAAAAAGAAAAGUCACUGAAAGAAAAAGAACUAGCAAAUGAAAAAUCUAAAUUGGCAGAGAUAGAGGAAAUUAAGGGUAGACAAGAAAAAGAAAUUGCUAGAUUGAGUGAAGAACUCAAGUCCCACAAGCAAGAAAGCAUAAAGGAAGUAACAAAUCUCAAGGAAGCCAAACAACUUUUGAUUCAGCAGAAAUUAGAACUUCAAGGGAAAGUAGAUUCCCUGAAAGCAACCCUUGAACAGGAGAAGAGAAAUCAGCAAAUGCUAAAAGAGCAGGUGAAAAAGGAAGAAGAUGAGCUGAAGAAAGAAUUUAUUGAAAAAGAAGCUAAAUUGCAUUCUGAAAUAAAAGAAAAAGAAGUAGCAAUGAAGAAGCAUGAAGAAAAUGAAGCUAAACUUACCAUGCAGAUUACAGCAUUAAAUGAAAAUUUAGGCACUGUCAAGAAGGAGUGGCAGUCAAGUCAACGGAGAGUUAGUGAGCUCGAGAAACAGACAGAUGACUUACGGGGCGAAAUCGCAGUAUUAGAAGCAACGAUUCAGAAUAAUCAGGAUGAAAGGAGAGCACUAUUGGAAAGAUGUCUUAAAGGAGAAGGUGAAAUAGAAAAGCUUCAAACCAAAGUACUAGAAUUGCAAAGAAAGCUGGAUAAUACAACUGCAGCAGUGCAGGAGUUGGGCAGAGAAAAUCAGUCUCUUCAAAUCAAACAUACCCAAGCUUUGAAUAGAAAGUGGGCUGAAGACAAUGAAGUACAAAAUUGCAUGGCCUGUGGGAAAGGCUUUUCAGUAACAGUGAGACGGCAUCACUGCAGACAAUGUGGAAAUAUCUUCUGUGCUGAAUGUUCAGCCAAAAAUGCCUUAACUCCUUCUUCCAAGAAGCCUGUUCGUGUCUGUGAUGCAUGUUUCAAUGACUUGCAAGGGUAAUGGGUUAUCACAACUUCAGAAUAAUAUUACACUAACAUUAGAUUUUUAAUAAAUGCACUUAAUGGAAGUCUUGGACUACUAUUUGAUUUGGACCGUGGUUGUAAUACUAAACCAAAUUAGAAUUCAUGUAUUUUGGAAAGUUGUCAAUCUUCUAUUUUUGUGAGACUUGGGCUCAUCUUUCAUUACUUUUUUUCCAUUUAUCCCUGGAAUAGCUUUCAUGCCAAGUUCAGAAUUAGCCUAUGAAAUGUAAAUAAACUUUGGACAGAAAAUAGCAGUGUAUUUUUUUAAAUAUAAUUUCAUUGUUCACAAAUGGCAUGAGUAUACUUCCAUAGCUUACUUCUUCCUCCCAAAUUUAGUGUGUGGAUGAUGUUAUUGAAUCAUUUAUGUUGCACAGUAGUACACUAGUUACAUUAGGUAUUCUCUUUGUGAAGUCAUGCACAGAAUAAAACUUUUUUUUCUUAUGUAUAGGUCCAUAGCUCACUUGCACUGUUGUUAUAAAUUUAUUAUUUGAGUGUUCUCAGUAUAGUUUAUGUUGAUAUAUGUAUGUAUGAACUAUGAAUUCAAACAUGGUUUUGUUUUAACAAUACUGAUUAAAUUCUCUUGGGUGGAUUUUAUGAAAACCUCUGUAAAAUUAUUACUUUAUGGUUAUCCUGAGGUUAUAUUUUAAAGAUUAGGGUUAAUUUUUCUUUUUGUCUUUUUCUGUCUCAUUUUUAAACUCCCGCAUAUUCUCAAUUCAGAAUUCUACAAAACUUCCCACCCUGAUCAUCCCAGGAGGAUGGAUAAUGGAAAUUGUAUAAUGGUCCUGUGUUCAGUUUGUUGUAAGUGGAAAGUCUUCUGAGAUUAGCCUUCAUAUUAUAUCCUACUUUUGUCUCUCCAGCAUCUUCACGAAUCUGAGUUUGCUUUUUCCCUUUACUUGGUCUAACCUUGAAAGCAUAGCUCAGCUUCACUGAAACUGUUUUAUAAUAUUGCAUCUUAAAGCUAGUAACUGAUAGUGUUAUAGUUUCAUCUGUGAAAACAAAUAAAAAUAGUAAGGAGACAUUAAGUAUUCUACUUCAUAUUUUCUUCUUACCUAACAGGGAAGAAUUUUUUAAAGUUCUAAACUUGACUUAAAUUUAAAGUGGUUCUGAAUUUGGAGUACCAUAUCAACUGGUAAAUCUUUUUAUUUUACAAAAAUAAUGCUGUGAAAUUACCUUAUUUAACAGAAUAGAGUCAUCACCAAAUACAAAUGUAUGUAGGAAUCCCAACAUUAUCAUUAAAAUGAAACAGAAUGGCUAAUUAAAGACAAUUAAAAUUUAGCUUAUUUGUAUGCUGAACAAUGGAAUUGAACUUUAUGGUCUUAUUAAUUUGGAAAAUUGGAAAGCAGCUGAGGAGAUGUCUAAUAUUGGCUUAUUACUCUUGUAGAGAAGAAAUGUAAAGUUAUAUAUUCACUCAGUGCAGUCAUUUGGUAAUAAUAGGGAAGGAUGGGAGUAUUUCAUUUACAACAAAUAGUUUAUAAUAUGUACUUGCUUUUAAAUAUCAUCCUGAAAUAUCAUGUUUGUGCUUUACCUAUAAUAUAUAUAAACUAAAAGAGAUUGCCAUAUAUUCAUUUAAUUAUUUUUUUAAAACCCAUUAAACCCUGUUAGCAAUAGCUAUUAAAGGACCCUGUCUGAGUCUUCAGACUUGGAAAAAUAUAUGUCCUUGAGCUUAAAUAAUGAAGAAGUACAAAUUUUUUAACAAAGGACUCUUUAUUAAAAACAAUAGUUGAAUAAUAUAAAUUGAGCUGAAAUUAUUUAAGCAUCUUCAUAUACUUACAAAUCCUUUCAAAUAGUCUUAAUUCUAUACUUUUACAUGUAAGUAAUGUAAUAAGUGUACUGGAAAAACAGAUAUUCACAGCACCACCAUACUUUUUUUUUAAGAUAAUAAGCCUUCAUGAGAAUUCUUCUAGAUUAGAAUAUCUGUUAACUUCAUCUCCUAAUUGGGUGCACUGAAGGCCUUUCCCUGUUUUGUCCCCUGCCCACAUAUUCACAAAAAAACCAUGAGGACAACAAAUAAAACCAUAUGUAUUUGAUUUUCUAGUUUUCAUCUAGCUUAUUUUAUUUCAUAGGUCCUGCAUAAUUUACCCUAGGCUACUAUACUAAUAAAUUAGAAGUGAAACCUAUUAUUUUUGCUAUUAACUCUCACCAGUGGAAGGUGUUAUGCAAACAAAAAGGGUUCUCUUUUCUUUUAAUUAAAAAAUCAUCUUUUGGGUCUUUACUGGCUCUGCAUUUUAGAUGUCUGCUGUUGUUUGUCAGUGAGUUAGAGCUGGCAUGUGCAGAGUCCCAGCUCUUAGCUCUAAUGCAAAGCAUGUUCGUAUCACAUGGUAGUAAAUUCCAAACCCCAGAAUCGAAAUGUGAGUUAAAAUCAGUGCUGGGUUUGUGUACAAUAAACCAUACCUGUAGAAUUUUUUUAACAGAAAGAAAGCAAAGCUGCUGGCAUGGGGUUUAUUCAACUUGAAGAAAAAAGAGGGAAACAAACAUAGAAACCUCAAUGCAGUGUAAAUGACAUUUUGUUCAACUACCUCUUACUGUGGAAUUAGUGUAAUAGUUUCUUCACAGUAAUUUUAAGUGGUAAUUGCCAAAUUUCUUAGUAUUCCAUCUCUCUUAAAAAGGCUUUAUAAUUAUAGUUUUGAGGACUUCAAAGCCACUUUUUUUUAAAACUUGUAUCUGCAUUAAAAUGUUUUAAGUGGAGAGCAAAUUAUGAUAAUAUAUUUUGAUAUCCAUGACCUAUUUGACUGUAGCAGGUUGUUUUUUUUUUAAAUGUACUUUGGCUAUAAAACCUUGGAUGAUUUGGUCCGCAAGAUUUAAAUGUGCCAUCAAUUUAAUAUUCCUAGACAUGAGCUUGAUGAAUGGUAUUCUGUAAUUAUAAUGUACCACACAUUAUUGUGUCUUAAUUGCCCUUUGCCUGAAUUUUAAUGAUCAAUUUGUUAUUGUUGCAGAUGUGAAUAUUGUGCAUAAACUUACUAAAUUUAUGUAAAAUUGUAUGAAAUAGAAUUGGAAAUAACUAAGUUCUUUCUGUGUAGAAGUAAUGAAUUUAUUGUAACAUGAUGAUGCAGUUAUGUAUAUGACAUUCUGUACUUCCUUGAACUGGAUCAUAUAUUCAUAGCUUUUGUAGAUACUUUUGCAUGAAUAUUUUCUUGUUUAGUUUUUGGAUUCAUUAUUUGUAUUGUGUUUACUUCUUGUGAUCAUGUAGUUGUGCCUUAUUUUGUGAGAGAGUUUAGCUCAGUAAAUACUGUUAUUUCUAAACUCAGUGAGUGGAAGGUUAUUGAUUAUAAAUGUAACUCAUAAAUUACCUAGCAGCAUUUAAAUUUGUAUAAAGAACAAUGGAAGGAUCCUUACUGAAUUGUUGCUUUUUUAAAAUAUGUUAAAGAUGAUAUUAAAAAUCGUUUCUUUCUAGUAGAUA